AUGAUUUCCUCAAAUAACCCUUAUGAUCUUCUUGGCCUCGAAGAACUUUGAGACAAUGAAAGACUUGUUAGGAGAAAUUACAGAAAAUUAGCACUUAAAUACCAUCCCGAUAAGAAUAAAACUAAAGAAGGCGCAGAGAUGUUUCUUAAAAUAGGAGAAGCAUUGAAAAUUUUAACAGAUCCAGAGGAAAAAUAAGCAACUCGACGCUAAGAUUGAAGCUCGAAGAAGACAGCAGGAUAGACUAAUCAACGCAUCCGAAGACCGUAAAAAGGUGAUCGAAGACCUUCUCCGCAGGGAGAAGGAGUACUUAGACAAAAUGAUGGCCCAAAGGAUGUCCAAAUCCCACCAAAAACACCCCGAGGAAGAAGAAAAGAAAGAAUCAGAGAUCGACAUCCUUAAGAGAGAGACUAAGAAGAGAGAAAGAGAACAGGACAUUAACCAUUUCGAACAAGCUAGAAGAGAGAGCAGGAAGAGGAAGAAAGAAGUUAAGACUGUUAUACAGGUUAAGUGGGAUAGGAAGAAAACUCAGUAUUCCAAGGGACUCCUUGCUACUAUUUUUGAAGGAUAUGGAGUUUAUGUCCCCAAUGUAGUUAUGGAUACAAAACCAGGAAAAGCCUUUGUUGAAUUCUUAGACUCAGAUAGUGCCUCCAAAGCGUUUGAAGAAAUCUCAUCAGAUGAAGUAGGUUUUAAGAUCAAAAUAAUAUCUAAUGAAAUUUUGGAAGAGAAGAAAGAAAUUGAUUAUGAAGUAAAGAAGAAAGGAGUUCAGGGUAUUUUUCAACAACUAGGUAUCACUUUUGAGAAGAGAGAUAUCGACUUUGAAAAGCUUAGUACUCUUGAAGAAAUGGAACAGACGAUCAUGAGUAAAUUAGAAAGCAAGACUAGUUAUUAGUGAAGGCUUAUGGUUGUCCAAUUAAUAGA